AUGCACGACUCUCUUCGACCAGACUCAAAGUCGACAAGACUAAAAGCCAAGGAUGGCAGAUCCUGGUUGAGACAUUUCCAGAACUUAAAGCCGCGAAGAAGCUCGAUUGCUUCGGCAAAUACUGAUGGCCGAAGGCCCGAAAUUCGCUCCGGUACAUCUCAACGGUAUUCCCAAGACCAUAAUGGGACGUAUCAUGCGCACUUGUCACCCGAGUACAUCAACCGCGAGGAAAACACAUUGAAACCGUCCUUGGCCGACGACAGCGAACGCUCCAAUACCCGGACGAGCCACUCACAACCAUCCAGUGGCAUUACUAGUCCAAGGCGACACGUUCGCUUUCCUAGCCAGGAACAAGCCGCCGCCGCUGAAGGCACCGUCCGCCUCAAUGCCAGUCAAGUCCGCUGCACCCUCAUCGUCGCAUAUCAUCAGCGCCGGCCCGAUCAGGAUGCGGCACGCGUGGAGGCUGCUCGCUUUGAGCAGCUGACAGUCGAGUUCGCAGAAGAUGCAGCUUUCGACGAGCUGCACGCAGCAGCUACCGAGAAGCUCGUGAGCCUAUACAAGCGGUCCGCGGAAGCCUAUUAUCUGAAAGUCGGCCGCUUCCGACUAGUCCGCGAUGACACAGGAACGGUUGCAGCUCGGGGCAUACUAGAGAGGAAAGAUUUGUGGGGUGAAGACCUACCGCGGAAGAUCCACACAUUUCGUGGUCACAACUACAUGGUGGAUUUCCAUGUCGACAUCGAAUGGGAGUAUUCGAGUCUCGACAUCGUUCAGAUCCCAAAUCAGACUUACGCUGAGACCAUCCGCAAAGCGAUCGAAAGCAAGAUUCGCACGAAUUGGGAAACCCGCUUCUAUGUUCCAAGGAAAGACCGUCUUCAGAUCAUGACUAAGGAUACAAUAUCCAGACUGGUUAUGGAAGACCCGAGCCUUCAAGGCGCGGAGGCUUUGAUACUCAAUGGCGGGAAGGCGGUCGAGCUGAAUCAGUUUAGCGAAAAAGUCUACCGGUGGGGCGCCUGUUUACUCGCAUGGUGCGUCUACUCGAGGCUACAACUCGUCUGCCUAUAUCAUAUGAUGAGAAAGGGGCUCCAAGACGAAAGCCUUCCUCUCACGAUCGACGACUGUCCCGACGAAGCGUACGUCUCAGAUUUCAGAAAUAAUGCGCUACAUUCUGGCGGCUUUGCGCCCUAUACAUUUGUAAGGAAUGAAAGAGGCGUUGUGGAGCACCGACAACUACACGACAAUGCUGUUGUGCCCAUUCUCUUUGACCAGGACAAUCCGGACUGCAAAUUAGGUCAAGGCAGUUUUGGAGUGGUGUACAAGGCCCGCAUCGACAGAGAUCAUCACGACUUUUCCGACUAUGAUGACGAGGACUUUGCCUUGAAGAAGUUCACAAACCUAGGCGCGGAUGUUGCAGCCAAUGUCGAGGCCGAGUCUGGUUUACUCGCAAAACUGGCCGAUGCUCCGCACCCCAACAUCACAACCCUCUUGGCCUCCUGGAAAGGGGGGGGGGGGGACUACAAUCUGCGCCGGUACAUGGAACUCGAGCCCUCACCACCGUGGACGAAGUCGCAACUGUCCGCCAUUAUAGGCCAGAUGGCAGGACUUGCUGAUGGCUUGAGGCACAUCCACAAUCUGGGACCUGCCAAUCUCCAGCCGGAUGGUAUUCAAGAGCAUGCAGAACCCGGUCAUCGCCGUCGUAGCCAAGCUGCAUAUCAUCAUGAUUUGAAGCCUGGCAAUAUAUUGGUGACCAUCAACAGAGACACCGGGGAUUUGCUGUUCUCAAUCAGUGAUUGCGGCUCGGCGAAGAUGGGCCAGAUUCUCUCUGGCUCCGAGCGGCCGAGUCAGUUUACGAGGAAUCCUUACCCAGGCGAUCCAGUCUACGCUGCUCCGGAUACUAUCCUGGAAGGCAAGAGUUCUCGCCCAUAUGACAUAUGGUCCAUGGGCUGCAUCAUGUUGGAACUUCUGACAUGGAUAGUUGGUAUCGAAGGCAACAAUGUGCACACUUUCCAGGAUGAGCGACUUAAAACCAUUGCCAAUGCGUACGGCCAUCAAGACACGGCAUUCUGGUAUCAAGACGCGUCCCGCAAUGUUCUUUUGAAACCUGCUGUCGUGGAACAACUGAAGAUAUUGAGAAGCCAUUGCGAAGGGCGUGGAGUUUUCCCAGAGUUGAUUCGUCUUACAGGGACCAUGUUGAACGUUAGCCCUGGCCGACGCCCUGAAGCUUCACAAGUUUCCAAUGCUUUCGUAGCAAUCAUGCUACAAUUGCACCAGGACCUGAAGAAUGCGGAGUUCUACUUGAGCGACUUACCUGCCCGGGUCACAAUCGCGGCGCCCCCUACCCCGACUGGGUCACAUGGAGGUCUUUCAAGAACACCCAGUAUCGACGAGCGCCCGGUCUCGUCGCGUUACCCCGGGAAUCUCUCACCUGACCCCAAAGCCGGUAGACGGCUAAGCACAGGCUCUGUACACGCGGAUGCUGGAGAGAGAAGGGCAGAUGUUCACGCAAGGCACAAUAGUGCCCCCACUGCCCUCGGGGGACUAGGCCAAAUCCGCACAGACGUCAACGCAAUGACUCCCCUUAGUCUGCCGGACACUGAUGCACCAGAGGUAGCUCCCAGCACGCCGAGAAUAUCGCUUUCUGACUAUGAUGGUGACGACCCGGAACCGCGGGAGGCUCUCCUGCACUAGCCGCCGUGGAAUUCUGUCUCGUCUCCUCGCUGGCAGCGUACUGCCGUAGGCCAGGGUGUAUUAAUCAAUAUGGAGUAUAGGAUUGAUUAGGCGGGGGGUAUCACGUAAAAGUAUGGUAGCAGGGAAGGUAAAUGUGAGCGAAGACACUUGAUAUGUGUAUUCAACGAGCAAGGACUGCGAG